CUAUGAUAAACUCCGUCACUCGCGCAAGCGCAGUGGCAGAAUGCGCCUUAGAGCGAGCAGAGCAGGAUGGAUGCUCUGGUUGUGACGCUGCAUUUAAAAACUUGAUGACAGCAAGAUAUCCACCUGAUUCAAGCUCGAAAUGGGAAAAGGCUGUAAAGUUGUAGUGUGUGGCCAGGCAGCAGUUGGAAAAACUGCCAUACUGGAACAGCUGCUGUACGGAAAUCACUCUGUUGGUUCGGAGUCCAACGAGACCCAAGAGGAUGUGUAUGUGGCCUCGGUGGAAACUGACCGCGGCGUGAAGGAACAGCUGAGACUUUAUGACACCAAAGGUCUCCACGAUGGACAAGACCUCCCCAAACACUACUACUCAGUGGCAGACGGCUUCGUACUCGUCUACAGCGUCGACAGCUUGGAGUCUUUCAAGAAGGUGGACAUUCUGAAGAAAGAAAUCGACAAGUCCAGAGAUAAAAAAGAGGUGACAGUCAUAGUGCUGGGGAAUAAGACAGACCUGCGGGAGCGUCGUCAGGUGGACCAGGAAGUGGCGCAGCAGUGGGCGCGAGGCGAGAAGGUGAAGCUGUGGGAGGUGAGCGUCAGCGAACGCAACUCCCUCAUCGAACCCUUCACCCAGCUGACCAGCCGCCUCACACAGCCUCAGAGCAAGUCUGCCUUCCCUCUGCCUGGGCGCAAAAGCAAAGGCACCCCAUCCAACGACAUCUGAAGCUCUGAAGCCCCUCCCCCCCAUUCCUCUCUGCCCCUAUAGUAAGCUGCAUUCACCUCAUAUGGGAAUAACCUGCAGGACUGCCUGGAUGGGCCUUUGGACUUUGGGUCCUUCUUUGUAAAUAUACUAUUACAUAUAGCAAUCACAUAGUUUAGGGAACUCGUUUUGGGAAAUCUGCUCAUUUGGUGUCUUCCUGAGAGAGACAGAAAUGACAAGAUUGAUUUCAGUGUGUUUGUACGGAACAUCGUUAGCCUGGCGGAACAUCGUCCGCCUAGCUUCGCACAAAGUGUAAAACGAUGGCCACCAACACCUCUGUAGCUCUUUCAUGAACAAUGUAUUUCUUGUUUGUUUCAUUUGUACGCCAACAGAUUUAGAUUUCUGGGGUAGUGCUGGAACUACUUCCUGACAACCAACAGGUUAUCUACCUGUCCAGUACUGCUGUGCAUUGUCUCUGGCUGUAGUGCAGGUUGCCAGUUGCACUCCCUGUGCACAAGUUUUGAUGUUGUUCUCUGUAGUGGCAUAAUGAGACCAACCCUGAAAAACUCACUCUAAUGACCAGACACAUCAAAGAUGUGGUGGCUUUUAGAGGGUGGAACUUUUUCUUGGUGAACAACCCAGUGUAUUGAUCGUUUGCAGCUUUCCAAGGUCUGAACGUCCCAGUGAGAUUGCCAGGUUUAUUAAGCAUCAUGCCUUUGCAAAGACCUAAACAAAUGUGGCUUAAAGCUGGAAAGAAGCACUGGGCAGAUGGAUAAGUUAUUGUUAUUUGUAUUUUUGAACUUAUAACAGAGGCGGCUUCACCAGUUUUCUGCCUCCAGUAAUUAUGCUAAGCUAGGCUAACUACGUCUCCAACCCCAGCUCUGACUCUGCAUUAAACACACAGAGCUUCUCGAUAAGCAUAUUCCCCAGUGGGUUAACUAAUCCAAUAAUGAUUUAAGUUGUAGUUCUUCUUCAACAGCAAACCAUAUCUAUAGCCUCUCUUUUCUUAAGUGUGUGUGAAACACCUUUACUUCAAUCUUUCUUUCUUCAGUCCAUCUUAGGGCAUGGGCAAGCACUUUAGUACCAAAGAUUUGAGACAACACAAACACAGAUCUUGUGGGAUUUAUUACUUGUGGGUAUUAUUCCAAGUUAAAAGUUCAGAUAUUUUCCAAGUCCAUCUUAUGUUCAUAUGGUACUUAAUCACAUGUCCGCAUUUACAUUAUAGUUAUUAGUUGUAGUCAUUUCUUCUCUUAGGGCUGUGUAUUAGCAAGAAUCUGCCGUUACAGUAUGUACCACAACGCCGCGCUUAUGAUUGAAUUUAUUGCAAGCAAGGUGAUAUAUUGUGAGUUAGUGAUAAUGCGUUCGCCUCUUCCUGUCUCAGUUGACCUUGUUACUUUGAAGCAAAAGAGUGAAAAGGCUGAAGAUUACAAGACUGCUUUCUGACUGUCUGGGCAGCCACAAAUCUUUGCAUGGAAAACAGUCACUGAAAGUCAGUUCAGUGUUUUUGAGAAUCAAUACAGCAUUAUAGAGGAACAUCUCGAAAUACUUAAAUGUACUGAUAUUUUUUAAUGAUUACAGCAUGAUCAUAUACAGGCAUGUGAUGGUUGCACCAAGAAAGACUUGAGAAAUCUGAAAAUCUCCUUUGUGUAGGACCUGUGGUACCUACACUGUUAUUUCCCAUCUGAUGUGAAUGCAGCAUGAAUGGACUCAGCUAGCCUUCAUCAUGUCCAUCAAGUCCAUCUCAUAUUAAAUAUGGCCUGGCAGCAAUAAUAUACACGGUACCUACUGCCUUUACAUGUGAUGUACGAUUCCAUGAUGUCUGUCUGUCGUUAGCUGCACUCCUGUGUUGUCCAGCCUGUGUAAUCCAAUAGGGCUACAAGUUAAAGCUGUGUGUAAGCCUCUCUAACAGUAGAAAUACCAGUGUUGAGACGAAAUAUUUAUUUUGUAACUAAUUUAUUUUUGUCACUUUUAACGAGCCACAUUCCUUGACUUUUGAAAACAGUGAAACAAUGUGAAGGAUGAUCCGCACGGUUUUCUGUGUCCUUAAUAUUUCAGAGUAAGAGCAUGUACGUGCUGCUAGUAGAACAGAGUCGGGAUGAUGAAGACUCUAAUCAUGCUAAAUACUUAAUAAUUCUCUGCUCUGUAACUGUCUUAAGAUGCACUGAAUAAAAUGUAGCCUCUUUAUAUUUAAUCCUCUGUUAAAAAAAAAAAAAAAAUUGUUUUUUUGGUGGUGUUUCUUAAAGAUGAUCGCGUGAUGAUAAAACAAAGUCGGACGCU